AUGUCGGGACGGGCUCCGGGCUGGCCCGGGGCGCUGCCGGUCCGCGCCGCUCGGGCCGCGCUGCAGCGCUGCCUCGGGCCGUUCCUGGAGGAGCCGCUGCGGCUCGAACAGCUCCGGUUGGACCUGCGCGGCGGCACCGGGAGCGUGCGGGGGCUGCGGCUGCGCCCGGCGGUCAGCGGGGACACCGGGGGGAGAACGGGGAUACCGGGAGCCGUGGACGAGCUGCUGGUGGCCGCGGGGGUGCCCCUGGAGCUCCGGGAGGGUGACCUGGGCUCGGUGACGGUGACGGUGCCCUGGGCCGCGCUGGGCUCCGAACCCCUGCGGCUGCGGCUGCGGCGGCUGCGCCUCGUGCUGCGGCCCCGUGAGUGCCCGGGACCCCCGGGACCCCCUGACAGGCCCGCCGGGGUCACCGGGGUCACCGGGGUCGCCCCCCCCGGGGGGGGGUCGGAGCAGGGCCGGGACCCCCCCCAGGAGGAGCCGCUGGAGGGGCUGGAGGCGCUGGCAGCGGGCAUCGAGGCAGUGCUGCGGCGGCUGCAGGUGCACCUGGAGGACAUGGAGCUGCGCCUGGAGCUGCCCCCACAGCCUGGGGGGGGCCUGGGGGGGGCCCUGGAGCUGCACCUGCCCAGGGUGGAGUACGAGGACAUGGGGGAGGGUCCCGGCCCCCCCCCCGUGCUGCAGAAGCGGCUGCGGCUGCACGACCUGCGGCUGCUGUGGGCGGAGCCAGCCCCACCUGGGCAGCAGCGCUGCAGUUCCCCCGCCGCCCAUCUGGGGGCGCUGCUCCCGGGCCCUGCGGAGCUGCGGCUGCGCCUGAGGCGGAGCGAGAGAGCGGCGGGGCCGGCGGUGGAGCUGGAGGCCACCGUGGGGUCCCUGCACCUGCUGCUGCCCCCCCCCCUGCUGGGGGUCCUGCGGGGGGCUCUGGACCCCCCCGGUCCCCCCCCCGGGGGUCGCAGCCGCCCCCUGGGCCCGCAGGACCUGGCGCUGAUCGAGCGGGAGCUGAGCCGGGGCCUGCGGGGGGGGCGCGACCCCCCGACCCCCCCCGGGGGCGACCCCGACGGCGAGAUGUUCUACUCCAUGACGGGGUCCCUGGGGGGGGGAGACAGCCCCUCCCCCAGCCCUGCGGACAGCCCCCGGCGCCCCUCCCCCCACAGCUGCGCCCCCCCAGGCCGGGGUCCCCCCGCGGCGAGGGGGGGGCUGCGGCUGCAGGUGACCGUGGGCUCCGUCACCGCCGUCCUGCCCGAGCAGGGCGUGGCCCCCGGCCCCGCCCACCAGCGCCUGUGGGCGGAGCUCUGCCGCGGCCACGCCCACCCCACCUGGGACCACGCCCUGCCCUUCCCCCACCUCAGGCUGAGCGCGGGGGGGGCUCAGUUGGGGCUGUUUUCGGGGGGUCUCGGGGGGGCUCCCCGGGGGUCUCUGUCUCUCGCCCGCCUGGAGCUGCUGGAGGAGCUGCCGGGGGCGCGGCCCCCACACCUGCAGGUCCUGCGUUUCCCCGCCCCCACGGCCGCCGGCCCCGCCCCCGCCCAGCCCGUGCUCCGCCUCCAAUGGGGCCCCCCCGGCCCUGCCCCCCCCGAGGCCCCGCCCCUCCCCCAGGGCCCCGCCCCCCCGCUGGAGGUGGGGGUGGAGCUGAGCCCGCCCCAGGCCGAGCUGGACCUGGGGCUGCUGGAGCGCCUCGGCCCCGCCCUCGACGCCAUCUUCGACCACGCCCACGCCGGGGACACGUCCACCGGGGAGGACACGCCCACUGAAGAGGUGCGGUGGGCGUGGCCGCUGGUGCGGUGGGCGGCGCCGGGGGCGGAGCUCCGGCUGUGGCUGCCCCUGACCGACCUGCGCCCCCCCCCCGCCCGCGCCCCCCCGCCCCGGCGCCGCCCCGAGAGCCUCCGGGCGCACCUGGGGAGACCCCGCGGCUGGGCGGGGCCGGGGGGCGGGGCCCUGGCCUGCGAGCACCUGGAAGUGACGUACGAGGCCGAGGACAUGGGGACCCUCCCCUGCCUGAGCGCCGAGCCGGGGCCCGGCCCGGGGGGCCCCCGCAGCGUCCCCACGCUGGAGGUGACGGUGACCCCGACCCUCCCGCGGGGCCCCCCCGCGCCCCCCCCGAGCCCCUUCUCAGCCCGGCGCAGCAUCUACGAGAGCCGCGAGGUGACGCUGCCCCGAGCACACCUGAGCCUGAGCCCGGGGGGGCUCCUGCAGCGCCUCUACAGCAGGAUCAACAACGACCUCCUGCUGUGGGAGCCGGCUGGCCCCGCCCCCUCCGGAGACCACGCCCCUUCAGGGGUCCACCCCCACUCUGGAGACCACGCCCCCUCCAUAGACCACGCCCCUCCAGAAGGCCCCGCCCCCUUCAGGCCGUGCCGGUCGGCGCUGGGCUCAGACUCGGACGAGGACGACGAGGAUGAGGAUGAGGAGGGGGACAAAGGUUCCGGGGGGUCCCCGCAGGACCCUGGGGACCCCCGCGGGCCCCCCCCGAGCGGCGGCGCCAUCCUGGUCACCGUGCCCUGGGGGCGCGUCACGGCCGAGUGUCCCCCCGAGGAGCUGGAGGUGGCGGUGGCCCUGGAGGGGACGAUGCUGCGGCACCACCCGGACCCCCCCUGUACCCCCUGGUACAGCCAGCUGCUGACCCUGCUGGCCCUGGAGGACGAACCGGUUUUGGGGUACACGGCCCCGACCCCCCUGACCCGGCUGCACCUGCACCUGCAGCGCUGCGGCCUCGACUACAGGCCGCCGCUGCCCCUGCGGGUUCUGGUGAGCGCCGAGAUGCUGAGCCUGACCUGGGGGAGCGGCCCCGAACCCCCCCCGGCCGCCCUCCGGCUGUUGGUGGACGACGGCUCCGUGUUCCUGAGCGAGCGCUGCGGGGGGAUGGCGCUGGAGCUGCAGAGGGAUUUCGUCUCCGUUCUGGACGUCGAUUUCCUGGAGCUGCUCCUGAGCCCCCGGCGGGGGGGGGACGGCGAGGGGGGGGCGGGCCCCCCCGAGGAGCUGCUGGUGGCCCCUGUCCGGCUGCGGGGCCGCACCUGCGCCGACAGCGCCGCCGCCCUGGGGGGCGGCUCCGCCCGAGCCCCCCCCGAGCCCCCCCAGGGGGGCGGCGCCGACCCCGACCCCGACCCCGACCCCGACCCCGAGGGGUUCUGCGUCCUCGAGGCCCCCGAGACCCCCGAGAUGGUGAGUGGGGGUUGUGGGGGGGUCCUGGGGGGCUUUUUGAGGGUCCUGGGGGGUCCCGGGCCGCCCCCCGGCUGCGCUGGUUGGCCCCGGGGCCGCUGCGGCUCCUCCCUGGACAUUUCGGGGCCCCCCGGGGGGAGCGGGACCGGCUGCGCCCCCCCCCCGGGGCUGCCCCCGCCCCGCUCCCGCCUCGUCCUGCGCGACCUCAGCCUCACCUGGGCCCUCUGCGGGGGGCGCGACUUCGGCCCCGCCCCGCCCAGGCCCCGCCCCCGCAGCACCGGCCCCGCCCCCCCGCGGUGGCGCUGCCGGGGGGGCCCCGGGAGGGUCCCGGAUCAGCUGAUGGAGCUGCACCUGGGCAAGGUGUGUCUGCAGCACGAGACGUACGCGGCCCCGCCCGGGCCCGGGGGGCUCUCGGGGGUCCCGGGGGAGGCGCCCACCUCCCGCCUGGUGCUGCUCGUGCCCGACCUGGAGCUGCGCGACCGCCUCAGCGCCGCCGCCGCGCCCCCGUUCCUCGGCCGCCACCCCCGCGCCACGCCCGGGCCCUGCACCCCCACGCUCUGCCUCAAGGCCCUUCGGGUGCUGCCACAGCCGCCCCCCCCCGGGGGGGUCCCCGAGUGUCGCCUCAGGGUGACACUGACCCCACUGCGCCUGCACAUCGACCAGGACGCGCUGAUCUUCCUCAGGGAUUUCGCCGCCGCCUUCCUCGCCCACCUGAGCCCCCCCCCGGGACCCCCCCCGGGACCCCCGCCCGGUACCGGGGGUGGGGGGAGGGGCUGGGGGGGGAGGGGCUCCAGGGGGGGAGGGGCUCCCGGCUUUGGGGGUCCCCUCACUGUUCCCCUCCCCCCCCUCCUCCUGCAGCCCCCCCCCGGGAUCGGGGACCCCCCCCGGCCGGAGCCGCCCCCGGAGCGGGACCCCCAAACGGAGACACCCCCGAUCUACUUCCGCGAGUUCCGUUUCAUGGCCGAUGUCCCCGUCUGGUUGGAUUACCGCGGCAAGCGCGUCACCAUGGAGCAGGGUGCCCUGGCCGGGAUCCUGAUCGGACUGGCGCGGCUGAACUGCUCCGAACUGCGGCUGAAACGGCUCUGCCACCGCCAGGGGCUGCUGGGGCUGGGCCGGGUCGUGUCCUACGCCGUGUCCGAGUGGCUCCGGGACAUUCGGUGUCACCAACUGCCGGGGCUGCUGGGGGGGGUGGCACCGGUGCACGCGGUGCUGCAGCUCUGGCGCGCUCUCCGGGAUCUGCUGCUGCUGCCGCUGCCGGGGGGGGGUCCCGGGGGUGUCACCCACAGUGUCACCCGUGGGGUGUCGGCUCUGGGCGCCGCCUCGGCCAGCGCCGCUCUGGGGCUGUGCACGCGGCUGCUGCGGGCGCUGCAGGCUUUGGCCGAGGCCCUUUUCGGACUCGUGGCCCCCCCGGAACCCCCCCGGCGCCAGCGGCUCCCACGCCUCCCCGGCUCCAGGACCGGCCCCGCCCCCACCGAGGGACUGGGGGGGCCCCGGCCGCGACCCCACCCCCAAUAAACUGGGAGACACUGCUUUUA